AUGGCCAGUUCAGAUAAUCCAGAUGAUGUGGGGUACUUACAUUAUAUGAGUAAGAAGCCCUACCUACCAUCUGAUUUAGUGUCUUUUGAACUACUCUACCUCAACUGCAUUAUUUUAGGCGAUGACCCAAGCCAUAUUGUUCCAAUUAACAUUGCACAGAUGUGGACUGUUGGUGACCUUAAAGAUUUGAUUAAAGAUAAGAAGAAUCUCAAGCUAUGGAAGGUUAACCUGUCUUUUAAUGACCCACUCAAGCAUACUCUUGAGAGCCUUGAACUAGAUCACGAGAAGUCAUUGUCACCCAUAGAUGGAAUGCUCAAGGUUUUUAACAGUUCUCCUCAAUCCAAAAAUUUCCUCAAAAUGCUCCUUCCAUUUAGGGGAAACCUUCUGAAUUCAAAGGCAUACAGAAAGAUCAACAAUGUACUUCUAGCGGCUUCACUCAAGUACUUUACAGCUUUGAAUGCCUACCAGGUGGCUGGUACAUGGUUGUGA